ACGUCAGCGUUCGCUCUGAAGCCGCCUCCCUCCAGAGCGACUCUGGUGUGGAUCAACCUCGGGCUGUGCGCUCUGUGGGUUGACUUCAGUCUAUGUUGUGGUCUCGUCGGCAACGCUGUGCUUUGGGCAGUUCCCCCUCCGACCGACAGGACGCGCUCCAGUCAUGGCGGCGCCGUGUGGGUGAGCGUUUGACCGGCGCGACAGUCGUUCCCUCGCGGCCCCACGACUCGGUCGCGUGGCCCGACGAUGCGUGGCGGCGCGCCGCGGGUGGAGGUGGUGCGCCUGGGUCUGGUCUCGUACCUGGAGGCGCUGCGCCUGCAGCAGCUGUACGUGACGCGCCACCAGAGCGGACCGGCGAACGCCUUGUUGCUGUGCGAGCACCCGCCCGUCUACACCACCGGGAUCCGCCACAAAGCCUACCCCGCCCCGCUGCUGGAGGAGCUCCGCCGGCUCGGAGCCGAGGUGCACCGCGCCAACAGAGGAGGUCUCAUCACCUUCCACGGUCCUGGACAGCUGGUCUGCUACCCCGUGCUCCACCUGGGCUUCUUCAAGAAGAGUGUGCGCUGGUACGUGGGGGAGCUGGAGAAGACCGUCAUCUCCAUGUGCCGGAGGCUGGCGAUUUCAGCGUCGACGUCCCCUCACACGGGCGUCUGGGUGGGGGAGAACAAGAUUUGUGCCAUCGGAAUCCACUGCGGCCGCUACGUGACGUCGCACGGCUUCGCCCUCAACUGCAGCACUGAGCUCAGCUGGUUCCGACACAUUGUGCCGUGUGGCGUGGAGGGCAAGGGCGUGACCUCGCUGAGCGCGGAGCUGCGGCGCCGCGUGACGGUGGACGAGGCCGUCCCGCACCUGCUGGACGCCUUCGCUCUGCACUUUGGCUGCCGCCUGGUGGAGGGCGGGCGCCUGAACCUGCCCCCUGCGGAGGGCGCUGGCGUUCGUGGCGGCCAAUAAAAUGACAGGAAGUC